UGUUAAAUUCACAAAUUAUUAAAUCUAAAUCAAAAAGAAGAGAUCAAUCAGAAAAGAAAAAAUAUACAAAUGGCCAGCAGCGUAAACAGUGUUGUGUUCGUUGUUUUUUUGAUGAUCUUAUUGAUUUCUACAGAAAUACAAAAUGGACAUGCUCAAAGGCAGCAUAUAUAUUGUGAGAAAGUACGAAGCAAGACGGCUCCACCUGACACUUGUAAUAAAAAAGAUGCUGAUGCAUUGUGCAAAAAUACUUGUUGGACGAGAGAAACUUAUAUUGAAGGAAAAUGUCUACUACUUCCAAAGACUACAAAAAAAGCUUGCUACUGCUGGCAAUUCAAUUGUUAAUAAAAACCCUAAUUUGAUUAUGGUAUAAAACUAAUUCGCUUGUGUUCAAAAUAAUAAUAUGAGAAAUUUUGUCCCAUAUUCAUAGUAGGACUUAAAUUGAUUGUAUACCUAUAACAAAUAAAGUGCUAUAAUGUUUGUGUAAUAAUUGAUGUAUUAUCCUUGACAUGAACACAUUUAUUUUUACGU